CAGCAAUUACAACAAUUCCAUACACGUUCCUCUAAUUCGCGAUUUUCACUUCCCAAUCUUCAUUCCUCUUUUCCAAAACAAAACUUCCAGAGAGCGCGCUCUGUAAUCGAAGCAAAUUUCCUUCACAGGUAACUGAAGUGGUAUAGUAGGAGGUGAGCGCAGGAUAAAGAUGACUGACGAAAGAGGAGUGCACCGGGAUUGCAGGAAUGCAUCGAAUCCUUAUCAUGAAUGCAGUGAAUACUGCUUCAAAAUCAUUGCUGAAUCCAAGGCUUGGAUGGAGCAAAAGGAAGCAGAUGUAGUGCAAGCUAGUGGUUUGAGUGGUCAGUCCAACUCUGGUGCUCUAGAGCAGGAUGAGGAUCUUCAUGAUGACAGACAAGAUUUUGAAGAUCAUGCUGAUGGUGAUAAAGACUAUCCUGUCGAGGAGAACAUAGAAGAUGUCACAAAACUCACAGGGAGGAAGAAGAAAUUGUGGGAGUUGAGAAAUAAGAUGAUGAAGGCAAAAAGCGACAAUCAAAAAGAAAUAGCAGCUGAAAAGAAAAGAAUGGAAGCUCCAACUGAGUCGAGGGGUAUAUCUAAGCAAAAAUGGAUUGACGAGAGGAAGAAAAAAAUUGGCAAACUUCUAGAUGCUAAUGGUCUGGAUAUGACAAAGGCUUAUAUGCUAGAUACACAAGAGGCUGCAGAAUCAAAAUAUAAGAAAUGGGAGAAGGAUCCUGCUCCCUAUGGUUGGGAUGUUUUCAAUCAGAAAACUUUGUACGAUGCCUAUAAAAAGCGGACAAAGAAUGUUGAGGUCGAUUUGGAAGAAUAUAACAGAAUGAAAGAAGCUGAUCCAGAGUUCUACCGUGAUGCUUCAAGUCUCCAAUAUGGGAAGGCAGCAAAGACCUCAGAGGAAAAGAUUGAUAGGAUGGUGAAGGAACUCAAGGACCGGGAUGAGAAACGCAAGUCAUUUAGCAGGAGGAGGAGGUUCCAUGAGGAGAAGGAUAUUGACUCGAUCAACGACCGUAAUGAGCAUUUCAACAAGAAGAUUGAACGAGCCUUUGGUAAAUACACACUAGAGAUUAAAAACAAUCUCGAGCGAGGAACUGCAUUGCCUGACUAAAGGUAAUUGCCUACAGUAACGAACUGUAUUCUGAUGUUUUUGUCUUAUUGUGUACAACUCUUUCUGUCUGCCCAAUGGAUUAAAUGAUAUUCCAUUGACUGAAAUGUGGGAAAUCAGGUUCUCCUAAACUAAAUAGUGAAGUUGGAUGGAUUGAACUCGUGCAAAAAUUUCAAAUGAAAUCCAGUUAAAUUUGAA